GAGCAAAUGAAAAGAUACAGAUACUUUUCAUAAUUAAAAUAUUUGCGUUGUGCGAUUUAUUUAUUUACCUCCACGGCGAAGUCGACGUCGUGGUCCACCUCCCCCUUCACCUCCUCGACGCGAGCGAGGGAGCGUUAUGUAAGGCGUCUUCAAUAUUGAAAAAAAACGAGCUAAAAAGAGUGCAAACCGUUUGCAAGCGCGCGAAAACAAUGCGAAAACUAACGCAAGCCGCCAACGCAUAGGAAAGUCAAGGUCGUCGGUCUUACCCCCAUACCUCUGUUGCCGACAGUUCCCCUCAGUUUCUGCCGCGUCGUUACUGCACUUGGGUGCAAUGUAGGCGGGAAAAACGGAUAAUCCAAUAUAGUCGAACAUUGAAUUAAAACACACAAUUUAAAAUGGACAGUUGGUGGAUGCACAGCUCGGAAUUUGAGCUGGGGCACGAUUUGGGUGCCACUUGCCCCAAGGAGGCCAAUGCCACAGUGUCGACCUUUAACUGGACUAUAGUCAGACAGAACUAUAUCCACUUCUAUCAGCUGCUCUUGAUCUUUGCAAGCAGAGUGAAUCAUUUGCUCGGUGAAUUCGUUGACACUCUGUCCAGGGAUGAAGUCUUCGUUUAUGGCCUGCAAUUUUGCCUGCUUCUCUUCUUCCUCUACCUGAUGCACCUGCUGAAACGUUGGAGCAGUGAUGGCGUGGUAAAUGGAACCUCUAGUAACACAUCCCAAGUCACAAAGGAGCUGAGCUGUGACUUUAACUUUGUCUCGGAGCAAGAGAAACGGGCGGCACAAGAGGCAGCUGCCGAGGCGAUGCUGGAGGUGGAGGAGAAGCGACGUCGCAAGCGGUUCACCAAGAAGCGGAAUUGCGUCUCGGCCGGACCGGUACUUAUCGCACUGCGCCACCAAUCUCAGCGACACAAAGGUCACAGGCGUACCGUAUUGAACUUUGAGCCAAUCUCGCCCAGGGAAUGCAUCCUGGAGAACUACUUGGCGCCCAGGGAGCAACCCUUGACGAUUAGUCUACCGACUUCUGUUGUGGAGCAACAGCAACAGAAAGACAUAAGCAGCACAGCUCCCACGGGACUCGACCAAGAGGAUGUGGAUUUGGUAACGUUCAUCUCGGAGCCACGUGGAACGCUGAGCACCACAGAUGAGAUCUACCCAGACUCCCCGGAUAGCAGUCUAUAUGGCUCGGACGAGGAGCAAGAGGAUGCCUCACAGUAUUGCCGUGGUGGCUAUCAUCCGGUGGUCAUUGGCGACAUAUUUGACAAUCGGUUUCGUGUUGUGCGCAAACUCGGCUGGGGACACUUUUCCACCGUGUGGUUGUGCCGAGAUCUCAAGGAUGAAAAAUACGUGGCUCUUAAAGUGGUCAAAAGUGCUCCACAUUACAUAGAGACGGCAGCAGAUGAGAUUCGCCUGCUGGAGGCGAUACGCGACGCGGAUUCCCUCGACGUGAAGCGAGAGCGAAUUGUCCGACUGAUGAAUCACUUUACAGUGCGAGGAGUUAACGGUGUCCACACCUGCCUGGUGUUCGAGGCACUCGGCUGCAGUCUGUACAAGCUGAUUGUGAAGAACAACUACCAAGGAUUGGCUAUUUCCCAGGUGCGCAACAUCAUCAAGCAGGUGCUCGAGGGACUUGACUACCUGCAUAGCAAGUGUAGCAUCAUCCACACGGACAUUAAGCCCGAAAACAUUCUCCUGGUGAUCGACAAUGCAGCAGCGAUGAAUCAACAGAUCGACGAUGAGAUCAACAGUCUGCGAGUGAAAGGCGCCGACUUUCCCGAUUCGUAUAUUAGUUCGAUUGAGAAGCAAACAAAGACUCGGGCCAAGUGGCCGCUGAUCGAACCGAAUGGUUCAACGAACACAAACACGAGCAACACGAGCACAGCGAACAACUCGACAUCAUCGACUCCACUGGCCGCCAUUGUGAUGUCCUCGCUGGACAAGGACGACACGACGACCUCGUCCACACUCAACUCCAACACAACCUCCUCGCUGGCCUCCAAAUAUUCGAGUCUCUUGGGCGACAACGAGUGCAACGGCAUUGGACUGCUCGGCGUGGGGGGAGGAGGCGGAGGAGUUGACAGUCCCAUUAUCGGAGGCUCUACGAAUUUAAGCAAUCGUUAUCGAGCCGAGAAGAAAAUCACUGCCAAGUCUUCUAUUGACGAGGACGCAGACACCGACAUCCUCGGUGAUAAUAGCACCAUUGCCAGCGACACGCCUACCGAGCACGACGUUAGUCCUAAACUAAAUGUCAAUGCCAAUGCAAUUCCUUCGCAGAAUCAGAUCCAGAAUCAGAGUCAGAGCCAAUCCUAUACGCACACAAUUCAAUCGCUGAUCAACAACAGCCAUGUGAGAGUAAAGAUCGCCGAUCUGGGCAAUGCCUGUUAUGAUUACCAUCACUUUACGGAGGAUAUACAGACACGACAGUACCGAUCCAUUGAGGUUCUGUUGGGGGCACCCUAUAAUUAUACCGCCGAUAUCUGGAGUACAGCGUGUUUGGCCUUUGAGCUGGCCACUGGUGAUUAUCUGUUUGAUCCUCAUGCUGGAGAAUCCUACAGCCGUGACGAGGAUCAUCUAGCGCACAUUGUGGAGCUGCUCGGAUCGAUACCACAAUCGGUGAUACUACGUGGAAAGCACGGACUCAAGUACUUCACCAGCUAUGGCAGCCUACGCAACAUUACCAAACUGAAGCCCUGGAGUCUACUCAAUGUGCUCGUGGAGAAAUACGACUGGGACCCGGUGGAGGCAAAGAAGUUCUCUGAUUUUCUGCUGCCAAUGCUCGAGUAUAAUCCAGUUAUAAGGGCGUCGGCAGCGGAGUGCCUGCAGCAUCCCUGGCUGGAGCAGGAGGAGUUCGUCUAGCACAUUCAACAAUUCAUAUAAAGGGACAGACAUACUUACCCCGUACUCAUAUUUGUAGGCUUUUAUAUUCGAAAAAGAAAAUGAUCAUAGAGGAACUAAUAUUACGAUAUGAAAUAUUAUGCUAAAUUAGCGUUAAGCGUUCAACGGAAUGCAAAAUAUACACAGGAUAUGUAUUUCAGAAAAUUUCAGAUGAAUGCAAAAUAAUUAUACACAGGAAAUUUCCAAAUAUGUAUGGCAUGAAAGAAGGACGAGGAGUUUUCGAAGCUUUUUCAUUUAACACGAUUUUUGUACUCGAGAGCUUUAAAAAAAAAACAUUUAGCAACAUUGCGAUUUUAUUUAAUAACAAAAAGAAGGAUAAACUUAAAAAAAAAAAACAAACACAUACUCGUAUGUUUUUCUAUGCUUUCUCCUUAACUUCUUUACUUUUUUUGUACUGACAAAAAAAAAACAAAAGACAAUGACGACAAUUUUUAAGUCAACAGAUGCCUAAACUGACUGACUGAUUGCAACAAAAAGUAAAAAAAAACAAAUGCGAGAAUGCAAUUAACAAAAAUAAGAGAAUUAACAUUUUCAAACAAAUUUCAAUCGAAAAAAGAAAUCAUAAGAAUUAGUAAAAUAUUGAAGAAGCGUAUUGAUAAUACAAUAUUUGUAUAAUUAAACUACCAAUUAAAUGUAGAUAACUAAAAGAUAUUGUUACGAUUAAAUACAGCCAGCUUUCUAGCAGCAAGUAGUGAUUGUGGUAUAUUUAACCAAAAAUAUUGUAGGACUUCAGCAGAAUAGGAGUAUGUGUUUAUUUAUUGGUUUCACCUGGAUGAGACACUUCGAGAGAGUUAAAAUUGUAUUUAUUUUACCUUAUUAACAAAUUGUUUUCAUUUCAUUUUCAGUUCAGUGAUCGAAAUAUAAUAACCCUGUAUAUUUUCCCAUUGGUGUUAUUUUAUUUUCGCAAAUAAAUACUGCGGGCUUUAAAAUGAGAUAAUCCAAAACUUAACGCACCAUCUUAAAGAUAAUAAUUGAUUUUAAAAAUUUCCUAAACAUUUGACGCUAAAAAGAUAUUAAGUGAAUACUAUAAAUCUAGUAGAGGAAUUGACAAUUCUUAAAUGAAGUUUACACAACAAACGAUGCAAUUUCAUAUGUAUUUGCUAGGGAAAUCAAAUUCACAUUGAAGAACUAAACAUAUUUUAUUACUUACCUACAACAAAACAACAAAAGUAUUUGUACACAAACCUAAGAAAUAACAUUAAACGUGACCAAAUAAUU